AUGCCCUUUUUCUCGACUCCACACGCGUUCGUCUUUCUUCCGAGCAUUUUCCUGUACUGUUGCCUUGGACAUCAUCCGUUUAUCUCUCCCCAGUAUGCUGUUGGCCAAGAAAUAUCUUAUUCAGAGCCUCCGGAAACCGCGACUGUUACCAGGACGACUACUGCACGACCACAGAAACCUCCGAAAACGCGAAGCUCGCGACAUCCGGUACCGCCUAUCCCAGAUGAGGACAGAAUCGUCUUAAACCCUGUGCGCUUCGGUCAUUUCCUUCACCCAGCAGGGGAGCCCGUAUUUCUCGUAGAAGAGGGCUUUGGAGAUUCUUCCUCUCCUACGUCUGCUUCUUCUUCGUCCGUUCCGACAGUUCUUCCGGUCCCCGACAGUUCUGCUACCUCUCCCCAAGACGCCAGCGCCUCUCCAAAUGCCAUCGACAGUUCGGAAGGCAACCAGCAUCCGAAUGGGUCUUCUGGAGAGGUAACCGGGAAAGCAAGGCUCUCGUCUGCCGAGCCUGUCAUCGGAAUGAAACACUUGCCUCGUCCUGCUGUGUCUGGUCAUGUGAUUUUUCCGCAAGAGGAUGAACUCGGGAGUUCGAUGAACACGGGAGAGGAGAGUCAACCUCGAUCAUCUCUGGCAGAUUACAAAGAAACGCUGGACUCAGGGGACGCAACAGACCAGGCGAGAGGCGAACUAAGAUCAAGCGACUACGGAGGCCUCGAUGGGUUUUCACUCGCAGAUGGGAACAGUGGUAGAGCAGGAGCCGAACAGGGAGCAGGCGCAUCUUCUCUGCCGUCGCAGUCUACAGAGAGGGAACGGGAACCGCCCGAAGUAGAUAGAGACACAAGACGAGAACCAGACGACAUCUUUAUCGACGACCCUAUUUUCGGAGACGAAAAAACGUACAACUUUGCAGGGGAACUCAUAGCUGUCGGCAACACGAAGGUGGAGAAACUGACACAAGAACGUGACAAAGGGGACAAGCAAACAGGCAAAACAACGAGUGGCAGAGAUGUGUUGGACCAAGACGACGAGACAGCAGGUCCACUAGCCCCCGCUCCGAACCUGGGAUCUCCGCUGAAAGCACUCGACGGAAUUAUCACAGGGGGGUUCUUUCAUUUGUCUGCUACAUAG